AUGGCGGAGGCGGGAAAAAAGGGGGCAGGCCUCGGGCUUCCCAGUGGAGAUGCAGCACAGUGGCCACUGCAGCGGUACGGCCGUUUCGUACUCUUGGGCGCGGGAGAGCCGCCUGCGCCUGGGCUGGACGCUGGGAUGGCCUCUUCCCCUACAUGGAAGGUUUUUGACUCCAAUGAAGAAUCUGGGUAUCUCAUUCUCACCAUAGUUAUAUCAGGUCAUUUCUUCAUUUCCCAAGGACAAACACUUCUGGAAGGAUUUUCACUCAUUGGUAGCAAGAACUGGUUGAAGAUUGUAAGACGCAUGGAUUGUCUGUUGUUUGGAACAACAAUAAAGGACAAGAGUCGCAUGUUCAGGGUGCAGUUUGGCGGCGAGUCCAAGCAGCAGGCACUAGAGCGCUGUGACAGCUGUGUGCGGAGCCUGGCCCAGUACGUGACCAUUCAGACUCCUGAGGGAAGCAGCCAGGGACCUCGACUGUGCCAGGGCCCACUGCCGGCAGCGGACAGCCGCGCGGAGGGCUGUGUGCGGAGCGUCCCGCUGCUGCUGCCGCCGCCGCCUGGGUCACACCAGGAGCCGGGGCAGCAGCGGUACAUGCCAGCCGUCACGGGCACUGCUGGAGGAAGGACCUCGGUGACCCAGUUAGCUCAGUCUCUCCUGGCAUCAGAGGAGCUGCCCCUUGUCUAUGAACAAUCUGCAUGGAAUUCGGAAGAGUUAGGCCCCUUUCUCCGCCUCUGCCUCCUGGAUCAGAGCUUCCCAGCAUUUGUGGAACAGGUGGAAAAGGAACUAAAAAAGCUGACAGGGUUCAGAAAUUAA